AUGGACAACGGAAUUCUAGGGUCUGUUGUCGAUUACCAGUAUGAACCUCUAAAAGACAGCGCAUCAAUCCGACUGCUCUAUCUACAUCCAGGCUCAUUUCAUCAGCUACCUAUCAAGGUCUCCCUCCAGGAAUUUCCAGUCAAUGCAUGUCCGAGUUUCGGGGCGCUAUCUUAUACAUGGGCGACUGAAGAUGGGGCUGCUUCUCUGUCCCGAGAAUUACUCUGUAACGGAGCUUCCCUCAGGAUAACCGAAAAUUGCGAGGCUGCACUGAAAAGACUGCGACGACCGACGGAAGAUCAAGUCCUUUGGGUUGAUGCAGUUUGUAUCGAUCAAUCCAAUAUCGAGGAAAGGAGUCUACAGAUUGGUUUAAUGCGUCAGAUCUACAGCCAGGCAUCCUGGGUGGCCCUGUGGGUGGGCGAGUCAUCUUCGGUUGUUGACGAAGAAACCGAAAGAAAGAAUUCGGGCCAGGAUCCUUGUGAGGGGCCACUCUAUCAAGAGUUCAUCAAAGAUCGCCAGGCGUUCCAGCAUUCUAAUAGCGAAGUCUUUACGCCUCGAGUGCGCGGCUUAUGGGACGUAUUCCACCGUAAGUGGUGGGACAGGCUAUGGGUUAUCCAAGAGGUCGCCCUAUCCAAGGAGCCUACACUCGUCUGUGGUGGCAAGGCAGAGACCUUCCACAACCUCAAGAUUGUUAUUGAGGCCCUCAUUAGUUCAGAGCAGCCUGUCGAAGUGAUGGAGUUUAACACGCUAUUCAUCGCAUCUACCUUCCAUCAGUUUCAUGCACUCCGAAUCCUAAAUGCCACCCGCAACGCCAAAGCCUCGGAUCCGCGAGACAAGAUAUACGGCAUCCUUGGUUUCUUCGGCGCCUCGGGAAAAGACCCCGAAAACAUAUUUCCAGAGCCAGAUUAUAAAAAGACAGCUGCUGAGCUGUAUGCAGAUGUCUCGCGAGCCAUAAUCAUCAAUACUGGAAAGUUGGACGUCUUAAGCUCAUGUUACGGCUUCAUUAAGUCGAGUGUGCCUAACCUACCGUCAUGGGCGGUUUCUUGGAACGACACUCCGUUAAAAUAUUUUGACGAUGAAAUUUUCAAUGCAGCAGGCGCUUCCUCCGUUAUUUAUGAAGACUCUGAUGACAAAUUGCUCUUGCGGAUCAAAGGCAACAAAGUUGACACAGUGAAACUCACAGGUCAGUUGCCUGAUUCUAUAGGGUAUAGUAACGGGGCCUAUAUCGAGUUAUGGCGCUACUGGUGGAAAUUCGUGUCAGAUUUAAAGACAUACCCAACUGGAGACACUAUUUCGGACGCAUUUCAAGAUACCCUUUGCUGGGGAUCGGAUGACACAGAUACUGCUGCCAAAAACAUCUUCGACAGCAAAGAGCCAUACAAGUACGCUCAUAGGGCUAGUUCAAUCACCUGGGGGCGUAACAUGGGAAUAACGGAUAAAGGGUAUCUAGCCACGGUGCCCAUAACGACAAAAGUAGGAGAUGAAAUCGUGAUUUUUGAAGGAGCCAAACUACCCUUUGUCGUACGAACUGAAGGUGGUAAAUCCAAGCUGGGAGGGCCUUGUUACGUUCGCGGCAUGAUGGACGGAGAGUUUUCUACCAAGGAAGACGCACAAGCAACAGACGAGCUAGAAUGGUUCACAUUACAGUAA